GGAUAUCUCUCACACACACACUCACUUAGAUCAUCCAGAACACUGUCACAACAGGAUACUCCUAGCCACAGGUGCUAGCCGGCAGUUCGGCCACAACUCCCCUGAAGAUAGGGACACACACACAUUACACACAGACUCUUGAGGACAGGACAGGGACGCAUACGCUCUUACACACUGACCCCAGAAGACAGGGACGACGCACAUACAGUACACACAUAGCUGCCGAGGACACCCAGAUAAGACACCCACAGAUUGGCAGAAAGCCUAGAUUUAGAGACAAACUAGCACACACACAUAAUCUCCCUCCCAGCCGAACAUUGUGUGACUGAAGAUAGCGCACACACCAGAUCCCCUUUUCAGCUGAACAUGGUGUGACGACCAAGAACAGGCAUGGCAGGAUUCUACGAUGACGGAUAGACAACAGAGCCAAUGCCGGAUGACUACACCCCAGCCUGAUCCAAUCCGAAGAUCCGAUCUCCUAGAAAUCAACCUACUUUCUGUUGUGUAUAUGAAGCUUGUACUCACUGUUAGCAAGGGUCCUUUCUGCUAGUCUCUGAUGAGCUAACAGAGGGGCCCGUAUAUAUACGCUGUACCAGAUAUCUUCACUCUGAAUAAACCUGUCGCUUGUCGUACAAUCUACCACCUUGUCUGAAUCGAUCCUUAACCGGCUCACCCUUCUACAUAUCCUUUUAUCAACAAUAGUAUCGACAUUUUUUCCCAUGGAGGGAUUGGGAUUCCCAGUAGAGCUGUGCACUUCCCGUGAUUAUUUCCCUUCAGGUUACUUAUCUCAUGUAUUUCUUAACAAUAGUAAUAGCAUGUUAUAUGUUCUUAAAUGCAUGCCUAUGCCUUCUUACUCAAUCAAGAGACACCAAAUUACCCAAUUGUUGAAUAAAUAAAUACAUUUGCCCAAUCAAAAGUUAUGAAAUCUGCCAAAAAUGGCGCUGGGUGUGCAGUGGAUAGAUGAUGCUGCCUUUGCCCCAUCCACGAGAAGCUUGGCAUUAAUUUGAUCCAAAUGAGAUCGGCUGAAAAAAAUGUACAGAGCGGAACUAAAAGUACUAUUCGCUAUAGUGCAGUGGCAUCAUACACGGGUUGUACAUUUAUUUGGUCCUGUCAUGUUUUGCUUCCGUGUGGGAACAACGCUCUUGUGCCUUCAUUGGUUAGGAUUUACAUGUUGACAUUUCUGUGUGAAAUGGGGAAAAAAUACUGAACCGUCGGUAGCUAUAUAGUUGGUCAAAUAAAAAUUACAAUUAAAAAACUUGCAGCUAGCUAGCUACACUAGAACAUGUCUAUGUACGUUUGCGUUUGAUGGCAUGCUUUUUUAAAUUUAGUAAGUAGCUAGGUAGCUAGCUAGCUAACAAAAUGUUAACCAGGCUUGGAGUUUUUGGUUAUAUGAACAUUGUCAAAACACUUUGCACUAGUACAAAUGGGUACCUUCAAGGCUUCGCCUCAGAUAAUGAUAUAAAGAAAUUUAUUAUAGAAAACACUGAGAUAGUAAGAAAGCAUAACUUGACCCCAGAAAUCCAUUUGAGACUGUUCACCCCAAAUUGUCGGUUUUGGCAUGCAAGACCAGAACUGUGGCCUUUCUCUGACCCAUUCUGGGCAAUAUACUGGCCAGGGGGACAAGCACUCGCCAGGUAUCUAUUGAGUAACCCUGGAGUGUCACAGGGCAAGAGAGUGUUAGAUCUGGGGUGCGGCUGUGGAGCCUCUGCUAUAGCUGCCAAGUUAUGCGGUGCUUCUCAUGUAGUAGCCAAUGACAUCGACCCUGUUGCAGCCAUCGCGACCCAGCUGAACUGUGAGCUGAAUGGCCUGAACCCCCUCCCUUGUGAUACGGAGAAUGUGAUUAGUUCAGAGCCCGAGGAAUAUGACCUCAUCCUCCUGGGAGACAUGUUCUAUGAGGAGGCAUUGGCGGACAGCCUUCACAGCUGGUUAAACUGCUGCAUCCAGACCCACGGGACACAGGUCCUGAUAGGAGACCCGGGGAGGGCCCAGUUUGAAGGACACGGCAUCAGGAGGCUCCUGCGUCAGGAGGCUCAGUUUGAACUGCCUAAAGCUGUCAGAGAGGAGAACUAUGGACUGACCUGCAGCACUGUGUGGCGCUACCUGCCUGAACUCUGACAGACAUCUUUCACAAACCCAUAUUUGUAUGUGCUUUAGAGCACUCCUUCAACUGUUGUUGUUCGUGACACUUGACAUAUGAUUGUGGAAUUGCUAUCAGCAAGUGCCUGGCAUUGACUCAAUUAAAACUUGUCAAUCUUCUUUGCCAUGAAGUCAAAUGUACUGUUGUUAAACAAACACCUCUUUUGACAUCUCAAACCUAAGCAUAUCUCUUUUAUUCAAAACCCAGCAAUAAUGCCACAGUAGUAUGGGGUGUUGUCUCAACAACUAAGUUGUACACAGAUCUAUGAUUUGAAAAUGACAAGUAACAGAUGUAAAACAGUACAUAUUUCAAAUGCAAUCAAUCACAUCUUUGUUAACAAUAAAGCAUGUAAACUUAAACUGCAGUCAGACUGCAAUCCAAUGACCUAACAGUAGGGGGCAUCCACACUCCUUACUAUCAUUCAUGACAUGUCCUGAUUUAGCCACUACCUCCUGACCCUGAGUUGGCUCUAUACAAAUUAUACUCCAUAUUUAUUCAUCUGGCAGAUAAACAUUCCCUUUUUAAAUAAUUCAUAGUCAAAUAUAGAUUAAACCCUUGGUUUUGUUUGGAAUUAUUUGAGCUCAUUCAGAGGAGAAAUCAGGCUUGGGCCAAAGCAAGGAAACUGACUCUGUAGUGGACUGGCAAUCCUUCAGACAAUUGAGAAACAGAUGUACUAUCUCGUUUAAGAAAGCUAAAUCAAGCUCUUAUUUUGGAAAACAGAAAAUGCACUGAAGCGUACAAAUUCCUCUUCCUCCCUGCCUUAUCAAGUUCUGCCUGACUGGCAUCAUAACUGAGUUGAAUGUGAUAAGUGAUGCUUUUAAUCAUAAUUUUAUCUCGGCAUGCUUUUUAUUUGAGAGAAACGGUGGUAUAGUUGACCCUGGUCAGUCAAUCAUCUGCUCUUCCCUCUGCCAGACUCUUGCUGACUCGACAGUUAAUCUGUCAACUUCUAGGGAAUCUUUGUUUUAAUUUCAACAAUUUACUAUCUGUUACGUGCUAGAUGCCUUGCUUAAGAUUGAUGUAAAAUAAAUCCUCUGGCGCUGA